UAGCGAUUACAUCAUUUGGUAGUGUGUUACUAAAGAUAGACUUUAUAGUGGAUUAUUGUUUACAUUCGUUCAAGUGGAAUGUUAUAGAAGAUAUGGUCCGUUCAAAUAACUUAUUUCUUCGUGUACUCAACUGGGUCAACAAUACAUGCUGUUGUAGGCGCUUAUGCGAUAGAAAAGACAGGGAUGUCUCUUCAUCAAAAGGACUUGCUUUGACAGGGGAGAUUGAAGAUUUACAGAUGUUUUCCUUAUACGACUAUCCAAUAAAUUUAUAUAAGAAUCUCUUCCAUGAAGGAGUUGCCGAAUCCCAUCAAAAACUUGACAAACUCGGUGAAGACAGGAACUGGGACGAGCUCGUUUCUUUGGUUAACACUGGAAAUGUAUACUACUGUAGACUCCCCAUUAAAGAUGAUUCAAAUUCUUUAGCAUCUUUGUACACACCACUUCACCAUGCUGCUGCAGGGAAAGCCCCAAAACAUGUCUUUGAAGAUCUUUUGGAAAAAGGUGCAUCUAAAUGCCUGAAAACAACAAAUGGAGAAACAGCAUAUGAUUUAGCAGUGAAAAAAUCCUUAGAUGAUGAUAUAUUAAGACUUCUUGAGGUACCAGAAAAUAUACAGAAAAAUUCAGAAUCUAUCGCAACAAUGGAAAAAUCUCUACAUACUGUUAUAUUGGGAAGAGCGGAGAAACUAAUCCAAGAACAUGGAGUUCAACUCCCACAGCUUGUAUUUUUAUAUGAAAAAGGUCCGUUUCAUUAUUCAGUUCCAAUGAUGUAUGGUGGAUUCAACGUAAGAAAAUAUAAUGAUGGCAUAAAAGUUCACAGUUUUUGUCGUGUAGUGGGUGGAAGUGAGCAAGACCAUGUAAUUGAAAAAAAUGGGAAAACUACUCUAAAAGAUACAGGCUAUGAUUGUGCUUUCUAAUAAGUUCGAAAAAAGUCAAUAAUAAAUCUUUAAAUACUGGU